AUGCCAGCACAAAAAGGAAAGAAAGCUAAAGUAACAAAGAAAGUAAGUAAGAAACAAGUCAACAAAGCACCACAUGGAGAAAAGAUUAACUAUGAUGACAUGGAUGAGGAAGAACUUCUUAAACAACUUGCAGCAGAAAAUGAAGCUAGAGAAGCUGCUAGAAAAAAAGAAGAAGAAGAAAAAAAGCCAGAAGAAAAACCAGAAGAAAAAACAGAAGUAGAACCUAAAAAGGAAGUUAAAAAAGUUGUUAAGAAAAAAGUUUCACCUGCUGAGUUAGCUCGAAAGAAAGCAUUAGAAAAAUUAAAGAAAGACAAAGAAGAAGAAGAAAGACUUCAAAAAGAAGAAGAAGAAAGAGAAAAGGCAGAAGCUGAAGCCUUAAGAAAGUAUAAAGAAGAAGAAGAAAAAAGAAAGAUUGAAGAAGAGAAAAGAAAAGCUGAAGAGAAAUUAAAGAAAAAAGAAAACAGAAAGAAAUUACUUGAAAACGAAAAAGAAAAAAGAAGACUUAAAUAUUUGGCAUCUAACUCUCAUGUUAUCGGAUUAGAAAAUCCAGAGUUAGUAGUUCAGGAACGUGAAGAAAAAGAACUUGAAGAAAAAACUAUUGACAGUAUGAAAGAAAAAAAGAAGUACCAAAAGAAAAAACCAAAAGCCCCAAAACCACAAGAAGAAGUUGUUACAGAGGAACCACAAGAAGAAGAAAUUAAAGAAGAGGAUAUGGAAAAUAUGGACUGGGAACAAAUGAUGGAUUUAGAAGAACAAAAAGAACAAGACAUCAAAAAUAAACAAGAGCAAAAGAAAAGAAUUGAAGAAGAACGAGCUGCAGAAAAGAAAAGAAAGGAAGAAGAAGAAAAACUUAGAAAAGAACAAGAAGAAAUGGAAAAAAUAAAACCAAAAUAUAGAUCACCUAUUUGUUGUGUGUUAGGACAUGUAGAUACUGGUAAAACUAAAAUUCUUGAUAGAAUGAGAAGAACAAAUGUGCAAAGAGGUGAGGCAGGAGGAAUUACUCAACAAAUAGGAUCUACAUUCUUCCCAUUAGACUCAAUUGAAAAAAUGACAGAAAAAAUGAAGGAUAAAACUAAAUUAAAAUUUAAAAUUCCAGGAUUAUUGGUUAUGGACACUCCAGGUCAUGAAGCUUUCAAUAAUUUAAGAAGUAGAGGAACUAGUUUGUGUGAUAUUGCUGUUUUAGUUGUUGAUUUAAUGCAUGGAUUAGAACCACAAACAAUUGAAUCCAUUAAUUUAUUAAAACAAAAGAAUACACCAUUUGUAGUUGCAUUAAAUAAGAUUGAUAGAUGUUAUCAAUGGAAAGAAACUGAUGGAAUGCCAUUUAAAGAAACAUUUGCUAAACAAAAUGAAGACACAAAACAAGAAUUUGAAAAUAGAUUAAAAUCUACUAUUACAGAUUUUGCAGCACAAGGAAUUAACGCAUGUCUUUAUUAUGAUAAUAAAGAUAUUAAAGAAUAUGUUUCAUUAGUACCAACAUCUGCUAUUACAGGAGAAGGUAUUCCAGAUCUUGUUGCUGUGUUGAUUGCUAUGACACAACGAUUAAUGUUAGAGAAAUUAACUCCAACUGAUUCUCUUCAAGCCACUAUUAUGGAAGUUAAAACUACAGAAGGACAUGGUACAACUAUUGAUGUUAUUUUAGUUAAUGGAUUUUUAAAGAGAGGAGAUAGAAUUGUUGUUUGUGGAAUGAAUGGACCAAUUGUCACACAAAUUCGUGCUUUAUUAUUACCACAACCUAUGAAAGAUCUAAGAGUUAAAACACCUUACAUUGUACAAGAUGUUGUUUGUGCUGCACAGGGUGUAAAGAUUAGUGCACAAGACCUUGAUGGUGCAAUUGCAGGAUCAUCUAUUGCAGUUUGUAAUAAUGAUGAAGAACUUGAAGAAGUUAAAACAGAAGUACAAUCAGAAUUUGAAAAAUUCCAAGUUAGUGUUAGUGAAAAAGAAGGUGUAUUUGUACAAGCAUCAUCACUUGGAUCACUUGAGGCAUUAUUAAAAUUCCUUAAAGACUCAAAAAUUCCAGUUUCAGGAGUUGGUUUAGGACCAAUUUUCAAAAAAGAUGUUAUGAAAACAUUAAUUAUGAAAGAGAAAAAUCCUGACUAUGCUAUUAUUAUGGCAUUUGAUGUUACAGUAGAUAAAGAAGCUAGAGACUAUGCAGCAGAAGAAGGUAUUCUUAUAUUCACUGCAAAUAUUAUUUAUCAUCUCUUUGAUCAAUUCAAUGAACAUAUGAAAAAACUUGAAGAACAAAAAAGAAUUGCAGCUGAAAAUGCUGGAAUUGUUGUAUGGCCAUGUAUUGCAGAAAUAUUACCACAGUAUGUCUUUAAUGAUAGAAACCCAAUUAUUUGUGGUGUAAAAGUAUUAGAAGGAACAAUGAAAAUGGGAUGUCCAAUUACAUUACCAUCAAGAAAUAAUAUGGAUCUUGGAAGGGUUACAGGUAUUGAAUUGAAUAAUAAACCAGUUGAAGUUGGAAAAACUGGAGAAGAAGUUUGUAUUAAAAUUGAACCAUUCUCACCAUCAAGUGUGUUUACAUAUAAAAAACAUUUUGACUCAAAAGAUAAGUUGUAUUCAAAAAUAUCAAGAGAGUCAUUAGAUUUAUUAAAACUUCGAUAUGGAAAAGAAUUGACUCAAGAUGAUAUUCAAUUAUUAGUUAGAUUAAAGAAAAUGUUCAACAUCUUUUAA